GGGGCGGGACGACGGCGGAGGAUAAAGCGGAGGCCGAGGCCGCUUCAUUGUUGUGAAGGGUCUUAAAGGGGCCGCAUCACCCCGCCGGCCCGGGGGUGGGUGCGGCGCGAGUCCCGGGGCGGCCGAGCGCGGACGAAGGACAGGAAGGCGGGCAGGGGUCGCGGGAGCCGGUGAGGCGGAGUAGGCGUCGGACCGACCCCCCCCUACACACAGGCCCCGCCCCGGCCCCGGCCCGGCCGGAUGGACCCCCCCGCGGCCAAGCGGAGCCGGGACUGCCCCGCGGGACCGGAGGAGCGCGACGCCGGGGCCGGGGCAGUGCGCGGCCGGGGCCGACCCGAAGCGUUGCUGGACCUCAGCGCCAAGCGAGUAGCCGAGAGCUGGGCCUUCGAGCAGGUUGAGGAGCGGUUCUCCCGGGUGCCAGAGCCGGUCCAGAAGCGCAUCGUGUUCUGGUCGUUUCCACGCAGCGAGCGGGAGAUAUGCAUGUACUCAUCCCUGGGCUACCAGCCCCCGGAGGGCGAGCACGAUGCCCGGGUGCCCUUCACCCGUGGACUGCACCUGCUACAGAGCGGGGCCGUAGAUCGUGUGCUGCAAGUGGGGUUCCACCUGAGCGGAAAUAUCCGGGAGCCAGGGGGCCCUGGAGAGCCCGAGCGCCUUUACCAUGUCUCCAUCAGCUUUGACCGCUGCAAGAUCACAUCCGUGAGCUGCGGCUGCGACAACCGAGACCUCUUCUACUGUGCUCAUGUGGUGGCCCUGUCACUGUAUCGCAUUCGGCAUGCCCGCCAGGUGGAGCUGCGGCUACCCAUCUCCGAGACACUCUCCCAGAUGAACCGGGAUCAGCUGCAGAAGUUCGUGCAGUACCUCAUCAGUGCCCACCACACCGAGGUGCUGCCCACUGCUCAGCGCUUGGCGGACGAGAUCCUCCUCCUGGGCUCCGAGAUCAAUCUGGUGCAUGGUGCCCCAGACCCCACGGCGGGCGCGGGCAUCGAGGACGCCAACUGCUGGCACCUAGACGAGGAGCAGAUCCAGGAGCAGGUGAAGCAGCUGCUUUCCAACGGCGGCUAUUACGGCGCCAGCCAGCAGCUGCGCUCCAUGUUCUGCAAGGUGCGGGAGAUGCUGCGAAUGCGGGACUCCAAUGGCGCGCGCAUGCUGAUCCUCAUGACCGAGCAAUUCCUGCAGGAUCCGCGCCUGGCCCUGUGGCGGCAACAGGGCGCCGGCAUGACGGACAAGUGCCGCCAGCUGUGGGAUGAGCUGGGGGCCCUGUGGGUGUGCAUCGUCCUGAGCCCCCACUGCAAACCAGAGGAGCGGACGAGCUGGCUCCAGCUGCUUAGCAAGUGGGACAAGCUGGACGUGUGCCCGCUGGAAGAAGGCAACUACUCUUUUGAUGGGCCCAGCCUGCAGCCCACCGUAGCCCUCAGCCCAGGCCCAGAGGAGGAGGAGGAGGAGGAGGAGGAGGUGGAGGCUGCAGGUUCCCGCCACACCGUGUUUGGCCGCGCCCUGCAGGCUGGGUCGCUGCACUGGAGUGACGCCCACCUGCAGAGGAUCCUGGCCAGCGACUCCUACGGCCCCAGCCUCACAAGCAACGGGGGUGGUGACAAGCCAACCUUUGACCCCCAGGGCCGCCCACUGUGGCUGGGCGAGCCCUUCCCCACUGCCUGUGCCCGUGUGGACACCCUGAGGGCCCACGGAUACCCCCGCCAGGCCCUGCGACUGGCAGGCGCCAUAGUCAACACACUCCGGCUGCAGCGGCGACAUCAGCUUGAGACCUACAAGCAGCAGAAAAAAGAGCUACUGCAGAAAGGCUCCACCUGCAUCACCAACAUGGAAGGAUGGGUGGGCCACCCCCUGGACCCCAUUGGCUGCCUGUGCAGGGCACUCUUGGAGGCCUGUCACCUAGAGGAGGAGACUCUUGCCAUUUACCCAGACUCAGGCCCUGAGAAGCGGAAGGUGGCCUACCAGCACGUCCCGGUGCCCGGGAGCCCUGGGGAGUCCUACUUGGCAAUGGCACUAGAGGUGGCACUGCUGGGCCUGGGACAGCAGCGGGCCCUGCCCGAGGGGCUGUAUGCCCAGGACAAGGUGGUACGCAACGAGGAGCAGCUGCUGGCCCUGCUGGAGGAGGUGGAGCUGGACGAGCGGCUGGUGCAGGUGCUGCGCAAGCAGGCGGGACAGCUGCUGGAAGGGGGUCCUUUCAGUGGCUUUGGAGAAGUGCUGUUCCGGGAGAGCGUGCCCAUGCACACCUGUGCCCGCUACCUGUUUACCGCACUGCUGCCCCACGACCCCGACCUGGCCUACCGCCUCGCGCUGCGAGCCAUGAGGCUGCCCAUACUGGAGACAGCGUUUCCAGCUGGAGAACCUCACGGCAACCCACUGGAUUCCAUCGUGAGCAACCGCUUCCCUCGCUGGUUCAUCCUCGGCCACCUGGAGACCCGCCAGUGUGAACUGGCCUCCGCCAUGCUGACCGCCGCCAAGGGAGACCCCAAGUGGCUGCACGCAGUACUGGGCUCCAUUCAGCAGAACAUCCACUCUCCAGCCUUGCUCUUCAAGCUGGCGCAGGACGCCUGCAAGACUGCCACGCCGGCCAGCGCACCACCGGACACCACACUGCUGGGCAUUGCGCUGGAGCUUGGCCUGCAGGUGAUGCGGAUGACCCUGAACACCAUGACCUGGCGUCGGAGGGAGAUGGUGCGCUGGCUGGUCAGCUGUGCCACGGAAGUCGGCCUGCAAGCCCUGAUGAACAUCAUGCAAAACUGGUACUCCUUAUUCACACCGGUGGAGGCAGCCACCAUCGUGGCAGUGACGGGCACCAGCCAUGCCACGCUGUUGCGGCUGCAGCUGGACGCGCCCCGGCGGGAGGAGCUCUGGGCCUGCGCCCGCACCCUGGCCUUGCAGUGCGCCAUGAAGGACCCGCAGAACUGCGCCCUGCCCGCCCUCACCCUGUGCGAGAAGAACCACGCGGCCUUCGAGGCGGCCUACCAGAUCGUGCUGGAUGCCGCAGCCGGAGGCCUGGGCCACGCGCACCUCUUCACCGUGGCCCGCUACAUGGAGCACCGCGGCCUGCCGCUGCGGGCCUACAAGCUGGCGACGCUGGCCCUGGCGCAGCUCAGCAUCGCCUUCAACCAGGACAGCCACCCGGCCGUCAACGACGUGCUCUGGGCCUGCUCGCUCAGCCACUCGCUGGGCCGGCACGAGCUCUCUGCCAUCGUUCCCCUCAUCAUCCGCAGCAUCCACUGCGCCCCCAUGCUCUCCGAUAUCCUGCGCCGCUGGACCCUCUCAGCGCCCGGCCUGGGGCCCCUCGGGGCUCGCCGGGCUGCCAAGCCGCUGGGCGCCGACCGGGCACCGCUGUGCCAGCUGCUGGACGCGGCGGUGGCCGCCUACAUCACCACCAGCCACUCUCGCUUGACGCACAUCAGCCCGCGGCACUACGGCGACUUCAUCGAGUUCCUGGGUAAGGCCCGCGAGACCUUCCUGCUGGCGCCCGAUGGGCACCUGCAGUUCGCGCAGUUCCUGGAGAACCUCAAACAGACCUACAAGGGCAAGAAGAAGCUCAUGCUCCUGGUGCGGGAGCGUUUCGGCUGAGGGGCAGCAGGCAGGCGGUGCGGACAUCCGCCUUCGCCCUCGCUUCUGUGGCACCCGCCCUCCAUCACGGGCCUCAACACUGGAGGCCUAUGUGGCAUUUCAGUAUUAAGUCAGGGAAGGAGCCCGGCUGGAGCUGGGUGGUCUUGCCUGCCAUCCCCUCCAAGCCCAGAAGGAGGUGGGAAGCAGGGGGUCGCAUCCUGCCACAUGCGUGCCUAGGGCACAUGCGUGCCUAGCGAGUGUGCAAGACGCAAGGAUCAGAAGCCAUACCACCACCCAGAGGCCUGGAAGGGGGUGUGUGCUUGUGCAGCUGGUAUGACCCCACCUUGAGCACCCCAAAAGCAAUAGGCAAGCUCUCCCUCCCCAAACCCACAGGUCUGCCUUGGGCUGGGGUGGAGGAGCUGGGAGGCAGGACUUUCCAGAAACUGGCUCUCAAAGUCAAUGUAGCAGACCCUCCCUGCAACCAACUCUGGGUGCCCGGAGGGCUUGUUUUGUGUUAGGGCAUCUAAACUUUUGUACCCUCCCCUCACUGCCUCAGGGGUCCCACCCGCAGGCUUGCGCCCCCUCCAGGCUGCCCAGCUGGGACCAAUGGCUCACCCCCACUGAAGGAUUUGAAGAGGCUUCAGGCCUCGGCCACAUACCUCACCACCCAUCCCGCCAGGAUUCCCAUUCCCUUGGGUGCCAGGGUCCCAGGGUGGGCUGGGGGCUCAUUACUGUCCCUCCCCCUACCUGCUAGUCACUGGACAUACAACUCAGGAACCGAGCCAGGCUCACACUGUCCUCCAAACCUGGUGUGGGGGGGGAUACAAGCGCAGGCAAGCCAAGGACACCCCCCCCGAUCUAGAAAGGAAAGAGGCCAACAUCUUAGCAUUUUUUGGCCCUCUAUCUGUCUGUCUGUCUCCCGCUGAUCCUCUGCCACCCUGCUCUGCCCUUCAUCUUACUCCCCCUUCCCAUAUUUCUCUCCAUCUAGCCUGUCUUUCUAUUUGCAUCCCCAAGUUGCUGUCUCUCUUUGGCCUCCCUUUCCCCUACCUUGACCCAGGGAGAAGGAGAGUGUCCCACCCCCCAAUCACCCUCCUCUAUCUUUUCUCCUCUUGUAAUUAAGGACAAAGAUUACCACAUUUUGUAACUUUUUUUCUAUUUAUUGAACCAUAUAUUGUAUUUCCUUUUUUUUAAAGGUUGAACAGUU